AACUCUGGGAAUGAAGUUUAACUUAAAACCCAGAGUGAAGAACUUCUCAGGCUUUGUGACAUUGAAGAGUUGGCUGCAGCAGCUGAUGAACCUCUGACAGGUCAGUGACCUUUACAGCCUGAACCUCCCGUCACCUCCUGCCCUGGGUCUGCAGGAGUCACACCUCCUCCAGCCGGCUGCAGGUCUCCUGGAGGCCCGCGGAGGUCGCUCUGCGCAGCCUCCUCCUCCGCCUCUCCUCUCUCCCUCAUCUUCCUCCCACAAAGCUGCAGCUCCGGGAGGAAAAGGAAAAAAGUCUGGUCCAGCCUUUCCGGUCUGAGACACUCAAUCCGCUGCGGAGAGCCGGAGCUGAGGGGACGCGGAGGCGGACAGAUCCUGACCGAGGAGCAGCGAGCAGACAGCGGGGCAGGGAGCGCGUAACGCCCGGUAACCCCGCACGGAAGCCCCGCAGCCCCACACGCAUUUUCUCUACGUGUCCUUUACGUGUAUGAGUGCGUCCUGUGUGCGGCGUGAGGAGGAGGAGGAGAGAGGGCGCACAGCAGAAUGGAUCCUCGGAUGAGAGCGCACACGGUUCUGGCUCCGCGCGCCCCCAGACGCGCGUCCCUCUGUGCCCGUGAAUCCGCCGCAGAGCUCCGGCCGGUGCCCGUCCUCCUCUCCGCCGCCCCGCUGCUCCCACCUGCGAGUGUUUCCCCAAGAGCUGGAUACAUAACUCGGCGUCUUUGUCGCUGACUCCGCCGCCGCAGCACCAGGAGCCAGGAGCGGGGAGAACCGAGGCUGCUCCACCAGCAGCCUGGAGGGACGAGGAGGAGGCUGGAAACCUGAGUCCAGCGGGGAUGAGAACUCACCACGAGUGGAUUUCACUGGUCUGCUGCCAGACGCAUCUGGAAAGGAUCACACAGGGAUCCACUCCCCCUCCAGAGGAGCAGGGGAUAAUUCACAUCUCAGACAUCUCAGGGUUUCACUGCUGCCUCCCACCCUGAGCGUUCAUGAGAAGUUACAACCCUCACAACCAGAUUUCCUCCUGGCCCCGGUGGGUUUGGACAUGUUGGACAACCCUGGCCCACAAUAGUUGACCACAGGGCCGAGCAUCAUCUCCCAGGAGCCUCGUCAGAUUAGUGAUCCUGGGGGGUUUCCUCUCAGCCAUGCAGUGAAGAUGUGUGCAGCCAGGUUCAGUGGCUGCCUCAAUGGCUGUGCAGAGGAGGGGGCCGCCGGUCCCGUCAUGGCCUCCAGGAUGAUGGACUGGACCGAGGCAGGUCCCCGCAUCCUCCACAGCCUGGAGAUGGGCACGGUGAUGACCGUCUUCUACCAGAAGAAGUCCCAGCGGCCCGAGAGGAGGACGUUCCAGAUCAAGCAGGACACGAGGCAGAUAGUGUGGAGCAGGAACCCGGACAAAGUAGAAGGAGAGAUCGACAUGCGGGAGAUCCGGGAGCUGCGGCUGGGGAAGGGCUCCCGGGACUUCGAGCGCUACCCAGAGGAGGCUCGUAAACUGGACUCCGCUCACUGCUUCAUCGUGCUGUACGGCCUGGAGUUCCGCCUCAGGACGCUCAGUGUGGCCGCGUUCAGUGAGGAGGAGGUGAACAUGUGGGUCACGGGUCUGAACUGGCUGAUGAUUGACACUCAGAGAGCGCCGGCGCCGCAGCAGGUCGACAGGUGGCUGAGGAAGCAGUUUGAAGUCAUGGACCGGAGCCACGAGGGCAGCAUCACAGUGAAGGACGUGAAGGCUCUGCUGCCUCAGGUCAACUACAGAGUCCCCAACACGCGUUUUCUCAAAGACAAGCUCCAGGAAGUGGAGGCCAGGAGCGAUCUGUCGUAUCCUAACUUCGCUCAGCUCUACAGGACGCUCAUGUUUGACGCACAGAGGAGUAUUAUUGAGCAGCUGGAGCUUUCCUUCCCUCUGAGGAACGUGGACCGACCGGAGCUUUGUCAGAUCUCUCUCUACGACUUCCAGAAGUUUCUACAGAUGGACCAGAAGGAGUCCUGGGCGUCGGAGCUGAGCCGCGUCAGAGAGUUUCUGAUGGGGUACAUGAGGGGGGGGCCGCAGCCUGAGCCGAUGCUACAGCUGGAUGAGUUCCUGACCUUCCUGUUCUCUAAAGAGAACUCGCUGUGUGACCCUCGGCUGUCGCCUGUUGUUCUGGACGACAUGAAGAGACCUCUGUCCCAGUACUGGAUCUCCUCCUCACACAACACCUACCUGACGGGCGACCAGUUCUCCAGUGAAUCGUCUCUGGAGGCCUACGCCCGCUGCCUGAGGAUGGGCUGCCGCUGCAUCGAGCUGGACUGCUGGGACGGACCGGACGACCUGCCCAUCAUCUACCACGGCCACACGCUGACCUCCAAGAUCAAGUUCCUGGACGUGCUGCACACCAUCAAAGAACACGCCUUCGUCACGUCUGAGUUCCCUGUGAUUCUCUCCAUCGAGGAUCACUGCAGCGUCGUCCAGCAGAGGAACAUGGCCACGCACUUCAAGAAGGUGUUUGGAGACCUGCUGCUCAUCAAGCCCGUGGACAACAACGCGGAGGAGCUUCCUUCACCGCACCAGCUCCGCAGGAAGAUCCUCAUCAAGCACAAAAAGCUGGUGGAGGGAACUCUGUACGAGGAGGUGACGUCAGCCAGCUACUCCGAGAACGACAUCAGCAACUCUCUGAAGAACGGCAUCCUGUACCUGGAGGACCCCAUCGACCACACGUGGACUCGACAUUAUUUCGUCCUGACCAGUAAUAAGAUCUACUACUCAGAGGAGACGUCUCACUACCAGACGGCUGAUGAAGAGGAGGAUGACGAAGGAAAAGAGGUGCACAUCAACAACAACAACAACAACAACAACGAGCAGCACUGCGCCGAGCGCUGGUUCCACGGGAAGCUCGGCGGCGGGCGUGACGGUCGGCAGGUGGCGGAGAAGCUGCUGCAGGAGUACUGCGAGGGCGGAGCUAAAGACGGCACCUUCCUGGUCAGAGAGAGCGAGACGUUCGUCGGGGACUUCACGCUCUCGUUCUGGCGCUCCGGUCGCGUCCAGCACUGCAGGAUCCACUCCCGCCAGGAGUCUGGCUCCACGCGCUUCUACCUGACCGACAACCUGGUGUUCGACAGCCUCUACCGCCUCAUCUGCCACUACAGGGACACGCCGCUGCGCUGCAACGAGUUCGAGAUGAGGCUGGGCAGCCCCGUCCCCCAGCCCAACGCACACGAGAGCAGAGAGUGGUAUCACUCCAGUCUGUCCCGGGUUCAGGCCGAGCACAUGCUGAUGCGUGUUCCCAGAGACGGAGCGUUCCUGGUGCGGAAACGCAGCGAGCACAACUCCUUCGCCAUCUCGUUCAGGGCGGAGGGAAAGAUCAAGCACUGCCGGAUCCAGCAGGAAGGACGUCUCUUCAUGCUCGGCAGCUCGGCGGAGUUUGAGAGUCUGGUGGAUCUGGUGAGCUACUACGAGAAACAUCCUCUUUACCGCAAGAUGAGGCUCCGCUACCCGAUCAACGAGGACACGCUGGACCGGAUGGGAACCGCGGAGCUCGACUACGGAGCGUUGUACGAAGUCCGCACUCCUCAUUUCUACGUGGAGGCCAAUAAGAUGCCCACAGCUCGGUGUACGGUCAAAGCUCUGUACGACUAUCGGGCUCAGAGAGAAGACGAGCUCUGUUUCCCCAAACAGGCGCUCAUCCUCAACGUGGACAAGCAGGAGGGCGGCUGGUGGCGAGGAGACUACGGUGGGAAGAAGCAGCUGUGGUUUCCUGCAAACUACGUGGAGGAGGUUCCCAGUUCCCCCAGCAGAGAGCCGGAGGACGUGUCGACAGAGAACAGUCCUCUGGGAACGUUCCUCAAGGGAUUCAUCGACGUUCCCUCCGGCCACGUGGUGGUUCAUAAAGACGGUAAGAACUCGAGGCCGUACGUCUUCACCAUCCACUCGCAGCAUCUCUCCUCUCACCCGGUGCAGACGCUGGACGUGGCGGCCGACAGUCUGGAGGACCUGACCUGCUGGGUCGCCAAGAUCAGAGAGGCUGCGCAGAACGCAGACGCGCGGAUGCAGGAGGAGAAACAGAUGGAGAGGAGGAAGAAGAUCGCGGUGGAGUUGUCGGAGCUCGUGGUUUACUGCCGACCUGUCCCCUUCAAUGAAGACAAGAUCGGCACAGAGCGGACGUGUUACCGGGACAUGUCCUCCUUCCCGGAGACGAAGGCAGAGAAGUUUGCGACUCGCAGCCGAGGGAAGCGCUUCCUGCAGUACAACCGCCGCCAGCUCUCCAGAGUUUAUCCCCGAGGACAGAGGCUGGACUCGUCCAACUACGACCCGCUGCCCAUGUGGCUCUGCGGCUCCCAGCUGGUCGCACUCAACUUCCAGACCCCAGAUAAACCCAUGCAGCUGAACCAGGCGCUGUUCAUGCUCGGAGGAGGCAGCGGCUUCGUCCCCCAGCCCGACAUCAUGAGGGACGACGCCUUUGACCCGUUCGACAAGGACUCGCUGCACGUGGAGCCAAUCACCAUCCAGCUCCAGGUCAUAAUCCAAGUGCUUGGGGCGAGACACCUCCCGAAAAACGGCCGCAGCAUCGUCUGUCCCUUCGUGGAGGUGGAGAUCUGCGGAGCCGAUUACGACGGCUGCAAGUGCAAGACGGACGUCGUAGCUGAUAACGGCCUGAAUCCCGUGUGGCUGCAGAAGCAGUUUGUGUUCGACAUCCACAACCCGACCUUCUCCUUCCUGCGCUUCACCGUCUACGAGGAGGACAUGUUCAGUGACCCCAACUUCCUGGCACAGGCCACGUUUCCUGUGCGUCUGCUCCGCACAGGUUACAGGAAUGUAUCUCUGAAGAACAGCUACAGCGAAGAGCUGGAGUUGGCGUCGCUUCUCGUCCACAUUGAAAUCGUCAAUGCAAAGGAGGAAGACGACGAGAACCUGUACACGUCCAUCCAGCUGCUGCGGGAUCGAACCAGCGAGCUGUCGAACCAGGUGUCGCUCCUGGAGCGGUCGGGCUCGGCCGACCUCGGCUACCAGCAGAGUCUGGAGGAGCUGCGAGCGUCUCAGGAUCAGCUGAGCGAGCUGGUGGAGGCUCGAAACCACAGGCUGACGGAGAAGAAGAGGAGGGAGAAGCUGAGGCAGCAGGUGUCAGCAAAGCGCAGUUAAAUCCUCUCGUCCUCCAGGGGGCGCUGAACUCAAACUGUGCCUCACUGAGCUGAGAACGAACGAUUCUCUACAGCAGCGAAAUGCAACCCAGCGAUAACAGCGGGAGAGGAAACGUGUUCCCUCAGAACAGACUGAGAGGUUUCACUGUCGCUAGCUUCAGAGGAGACGAACACAAACAUCUCAGAGAACUUGAAAUGUAAAAAGAAUCCGACUCAGGCUGAAACACACGAUGAGUAAAUUAAGUUCUGAACUUUGCACAAACAGAAAAUUUAUCGCAGGCAACAAUUAGUGGGUUAAUCUAAACUAUUCAAAUAAUCAUUAUUUUAGUCAUUAAUCAAAAACACUUGAUUGUUCCAUCGUCUGAAACGUGAGGAUUUGAUGUUUUUCUUCUUAAGAAGUGUAAAUAAGCUUUUUCACUAUUUCCUGACAUUUUAUGAACCAAACUUUUUAAUGAUUUUUCAGGAGCUAAAACAGAAGAUUCAUCGGAAAUGAAAAUAAUCAUUUGUUGCAGAUCUAGAACGUCUGAUAGUCUCUUCCUUUAGUGAACGUCACCUGAUCAUCAUUAAUGAGCUGACGACCAACUGCCCUUCAAUUCCAUUUUAUUUGUAUAGAACCAAAUCACACCAACAUUAACUCAAGGCACUUUACACAGUGAGGUCGAGAACUUACGAUGUUAGAGAGAAACCUGAGCACUUUGUGAAUGUGGAGAGAAAAAACUCCCUUCACCCAAAAAAUAUAUAUUAGUUGAAAAAUAAAGGAAAAAACAUUAAAAAAAGUGCUGAGAAAUCCUGGAGGAGCUGUUUUUUAAUAUUCACACAACACAAUAGAUUUUAGAUUUUAAAAAACGAUCAGAUCUGAUUUAGUUUCGUGACAAGUUUAGAAAACACAAAAUGACGACGGUCAAAGUGCUUAAAAAAUCUAAUAAUAAUAAAAACCAAAGAUGGUGAAAUUGGCUCUUUGUGUGUUUCAGGCUCUAGUCGAGACAAACAGGAUCAAAGGGAGAAGAACACUCAGGUUUCACUAGAGGAAGAAUAAAAACCUGUGGUCACACGUAGCAAACAGGAAAUAUCACGUUUGUGCCUUUUAAUGUUGUGCUGUGUGUCGAGUUCGAUUCCCUGUCGUGUUUCAGGAAGUUUCUCUGCAACUGGAACGAACUGGAGGAGGAAUCCACUCGUUGGGUUCGGACCACUACUCUAAUGGGUUUAAAGGGAUUUAAAGACUGUUGAUCACAUGAACACUGCCCCCAUGUGGGGGGG